AUGGCGUUGGAAAAGUAUAAGGACAAGAAUGGUACCAACUUUCCUCACGUUCGCGCGUGGAUGGUUGUAAAAGACGAACCAAAAUGGGCGCCUAUUCCCAACGAGGUGGCGAUGGCGAAACGCCAAAAAACAUCGGAAACGGGUAGUUUUAGCGCCGGUGAAUCGGACGCGAGGUGUCACAUAAACUUAAAUGAUGACGCCGACUAUGACGAAGACGAGUAUAACGUACGUGAACCGGAGCGUCCACCGGGCCGAGACAAAACAAAGAAGGAGCGGGCCAAGGGAAAAGAAAAGGAAAAGGUGGACCCGAACAUGGUUGAGUUUAUGGAACACCUAAAAAUGUACAACGACGUCACGGCCCAAAAGACGAAGGCGAAGGAGCGGGGCGUCGAAGAAAAAAGUCGUGCAUCGGAAGAAAAGUUACGCGAGAAGGUCCGAUUGGCGAAUGAGAAAAUCCGAAUUUCCGAUGAAAAAAUUCGGCUCAAGGAAUGGGAAAUAAUGAUGAUGAAUGUCGAGGACGAACCCGAGCCGAAACGUUCGAUGUUGAAAAAAUUACAACACGACAUCAUGAAGAAACAUCAAAUUAUUUAA